AAGGCUAGAGCGUCAAGACGCAACAACCCAUACCCUGAGAAAGCUCCCAGCACGCACAAUCAGUCCAGGUCAUAUGAGGGCGGCAAAAAGUCCGGGACAUGCUUCAAAUGCGGUUUCGCAGGUCACUGGGCAAAAGACUGCACCAGCUUCAGCAAAGAGACAGGCUCUAAGUUAAGUACAAGUACUUUCAAAAGUACUGCACAGAAUUUACUUCAUGCAAAAUACAAUGAUUUAACAAAGAAUUGUUUUACAAAACAUGAAUUGAAAAAUCGCCGUUUUGUGGCCCAAGUCAACGAAAAUGUAAGCCCAGUUGGGCGCUUGAGAGGUCAUUUGACAAAAUGGGUUGAAAUACAGGCAGAUAAGUAUAUUUUAGAUGUGAUAGGAAACGGAUACAAUAUUCCGUUUAAAUCUAUACCAACUAGCGUAUGUUUAAGCAAUAACAAAUCGGCUAAGGACAAUAUCAAAAUAGUUUGUUUAGAGAUUCAAAGGCUCAUUGACAAAGGUUGCGUAACAGAGGUCAGUAACAUUCCUUUUGUGGUUAAUCCAUUGACUGUAGCUUUGAACAAAGCAGGUAAACCUCGUUUGGUUUUGGAUUGUAGACACAUCAAUAGUUGCAUUCAUGAAUUUUCAUUCAGAAUGGAGGACGUUAAAGUUGCUAGAGAAAUAUUUCAGAAAGGAGAUUUCAUAUUCAUUUUCGAUUUAAAAUCGACAUAUCAUCACAUCGAAAUAGCAGAACAUCAUAAACAAUAUUUAGGUUUUCAAUGGGAAAUCGAUGGCGUUGAUUUAAAUGUUAAGAAGAACAUAGAGGACAUUCUAAUUACGGCAGGUGUGGAUCUGGAAUCAUCGGACAACGCAAAAUUGGCGGCAAAAAUGAGUGAAUAUAUUCUGAAAUCUAAAAGUGCAAACACCAACAAGAAAUAUCUUUCGUCUUUCAACAAAUGGUCAAACUUUAUCAACAGCAAAGGAAAAUCAGCCAUACCAGCAAAUCCAAUUCAUAUUUCACUAUAUUUCACACAUUUGUUGAAUAUUGGAUGCUCUUAUCAUGUGAUUUCUAGCGCUUUAUAUGCCAUAAAGUGGGCACAUUCUAUAUUGGGCCAUAAAGAUCCGACCGAACAUCCCUUCGUGAGGAAUUUAGUGGAGUCUUCCAAGCGUCAUAAUAAGUCUAGAGUUACCAAAAAGGAAAUUGUCACAGUCAACGAUUUAAUUUUACUUUGUGAUCUACAUGUUAACAGUACCAAUUUGUCUGAAGUGCGCGAUUUGUGCAUGAUUCUACUUUCUUUUGCUGGAUUUUUGCGCUUCGAUGAACUAAGUUCGCUUCGUUGUUCAGACAUUACCUUCAUGGAUGGAUAUGUAAAAAUAUUUAUCAACAAAAGCAAAACUAAUAAAUAUAGACAGGGGAACGAAAUUUUAAUUGCUUCGGGCGUUAGUUCAGCUUGUCCAGUCAUUAUGCUUCAACGUUACGUAUCCUUAAGAACUAUAGAUAUUUCUUCAGAUCAUUUUUUGUUUAAGGCGGUAUUUAAAUCAAAAGAUGGUUUAAAGCUGAUUUAUAAAGACAAAAAGCUUAGUUACACACGCGCAAGAGAGUGCAUCUUGUCCAAGCUUAAAUCUGUCACGGGAAACAUUAAUAUUGGUUUACAUUCUUUGCGUUCAGGAGGAGCGACAGCUGCCGCAAAUUCCAAUGUAAAUGAGCGUUACUGGAAGAAACAUGCUAGAUGGGCGUCAGAUUCGUCCAAGGAUGGUUAUGUAAAAGACAGUUUAGAGAGCAGGCUCUCUGUUUCAAAAAAGCUAGGAUUGUGACUAUGUUUAUAUAUUAUAUAUGUGAGUGUGUGUAUCAUACAUGGGCUUCAUUUCCAGUUAGUUUUUAUCAGUAUAUUAUCAUGCAUGUAAAACUUAUACGGUACCAAUUUUGAUGCACCAGAUGCGCAUUUCUACAAAUAAUGUCUCUUCAGUGAUGCUCAACCGAAAUGUAUUUUAGCUAGGUUUUUAUUUCCUAUAUAUUUAAUCUACUGCUAACUUUUGGACAUUUAUUCUAAGCUUGCCUGGCUUACACCAAAGUUGUGUUUGGUUGUCUUGUAUGCAAAAAGAUUGCAUUCACAGAAGUGUAUAUUAUACUGUAGUUUUCCCGCGUUUCGAAGAAUAGCGGGAAAACGUUUUAUGAUAGGAACGUGUUCGAAUGCCUAUGCGUAGUAAUACAAGGCGUGGCCAUAGGAAGGCAUAUAUAAAGUGUCGAAAUCAUGAGUAAGGUCAUUCUAAGCGAGUCUCACGAAGUGCAGGUAGCACAUUUUUUUAUUAUUAUAUUUAAUUAUGGAUAAGGUCCGAUAUUCACCCUCAGACGUUACUUAACACUUGCUUUCGGACACAGGUUUCCAUAGUUUUUUCAAAUAUUUUAUCUAUGGUUUUUCCUGGGCGGUUUUUAAUGUCAAUGAUGGGGGUUUUCUUGACAUUUUGUUAUUUGAUUCAGUACUUGCAUAAAACUUGUUCAUGUCAGUUACCAUAUAUGUAGUAAAUUUGUUGUAAAGUUGUUAAACGUCGGCUGCCCAACAAGCUUGCCUGGCUUACACCAAAGUUGUGUUUGGUUGUCUUGUAUGCAAAAGGACUGCAUUCACAGAAGUGUAUAUUAUACGUAUACUUUCUAUAUUUACAGUGUUUUAAUGUAAAAUUAUGACCACAGCAUUUCUUUUA